UUGGCGGUUCGACAACACCGGGCGAGGCCAGGCGGCGAGGCUCUCUCCGCGCCCUCGCGGCAUUAGACACACGUCUGGGACCAUGGCUGCUCUACGCUCUACCGUCGCCACGCUCGCCGCGCUCUGCCUGACCAGCCUGCUUCUGGUGUCCGUCGCCGAGGCCGCCGCCGCCAAGACCAAGUCGAGCAGUGACGACGACUUCGCGGACACUUACGUCAGCGAGGAUGGAGAGAAGCGAGACGUCGCGGACCCCAUCGGCGACCCGUCGGAGUCAGACUCCAUCCAGGAGGACGCCAAAGCAGCGUGGCAGCUAGAGAUGGUGAAGGGGCUGUACGCCCAGCGGAAGGCCGAGAAGGACUUCAUCGACAAGCUGGAGGCGGGCGGCAAGGGGCUCAACGUCAUGGUGAACCACAUCACGGCGGCCUUCAAGAACCUGGAGGACGUCCGCCAGCGAAGAGGCUCCAGGCUCAUCAAGGCCCACUUCGAGAACGAGAUCAAACUGCUCAAGCAGUCUUCGCAAAGGAUUCUGAAGAGUCUGACGGCUCUUCUGACCGGCCAGUCGUCGGACUCCCCGGCAGUCAAGGCCAUCAAGACGAAGGCCUCCGCCAUCUUCAGCAAAGGCUUCAGCCAACAGUUGCAGGAUGAGUCCAAUCUGUUCAAGAAACAGAUGCAGCAAAUCCAGGCGGAACACACCAAGCAGAACAGCAGUGUCCAGAAGCUUUUCGCUCUGCUGAAGGGAUGGAAGGAUUCGUUCCAGACUGGCCUGAAGAAGUCCGAGAAGAAGCUGGAAUCUAUCGCCGAGAGCUGGGACUUGCUUUGAGUUGGUUCUAAAUAAAAAGAUGCACACCGGAACGGAUGGUGGAGAUGACGUGUCGGUUUGUCACCAAUUGACGCAAAACUCGUUAUCUCCCUGGAAGCGUGCGGGUAGAAGGCAAACAUGAAUCCAAAGUUUG